UCAGAGAAUUUUCGUCUGCGAGAGGAAAAAAAAUAAAAUACGCUAAUAACUUCGAAAUUGUCAAAUAUACUUCGAGAACAAGAUAACGAACGGUGAUUUUUUGAGUAAAGAAAAAAAGAUUCAAAGGGGUUGAUCUGGUUAUAACUGCUAAAGUGAAAUUGAUUGUGAAGAAACAGAAACAGAGAGAGAUGGUAGCAGAAGCAGAGGUUGUGUUUCAACAGAGUUUGCCGGUGGUUCUGGAUAUCGACGGAGUUUCUCCCGCCGUCAUAUCUCCGCUCUCCUCUCCGAAAUUGGGUGUCCGUCGAUCCACGGCGUCGGUUUCCGGCGGUUUAUCGACUUCUCCGGUGCAGGAGGACGAAUGUGAUUCUAGUAUCCCGGUUUAUAUUCCGACCAUCCGGUCUGGAAGCUACGCUGAUAUCGGGCCAAAGAGAUCCAUGGAAGACGAACACAUUUGCGUAGAUGAUCUAUCCUCCCAACUUGGUUGUCUUUUCGAAUUGCCAAAGCCCAGUGCUUUCUAUGCGGUUUUCGAUGGUCAUGGAGGAUCAGAAGCAGCAACGUAUGUAAAGCAAAACGCCAUCAGGCUUUUGUUUGAAGAUGAUAAGUUCCCACAGACAUCUGAAGUGAACAGUGUUUACGUGGAAGAAGUCGAGACUUCUUUGAGAAACGCGUUUCUUCAAGCUGAUCUAGCUUUGGCCGAGGAUUGCAGCAUCAGCUCUUCCACUGGUACCACUGCUCUUGCCGCUCUUAUCUCCGGAAGGAUCCUAAUGGUUGCGAAUGCUGGAGACUGCAGAGCCGUUCUUUGCAGAAAAGGCAAAGCGAUAGAGAUGUCUCAUGACCAUAGACCGAUCAAUCUACCCGAGAGAAGAAGAGUUGAAGAAUCUGGUGGCGUCAUUGAGGACGGUUACCUCAACGGAGAGUUAUCCGUAACGCGAGCUCUCGGCGACUGGGACAUGAAACGCCCGCACGGCUCGAAGUCUCCGCUUAUUUCCGAACCCGAGAUAAAGCAGAUAACACUGACCGAAGACGACGAGUUUCUUGUGAUCGGGUGCGACGGGAUUUGGGAUGUUUUGACGAGCCAAGAAGCGGUCGGCAUUGUGAAACGCGGCUUGAACAGGCACGAUGAUCCCGCGAGAUGUGCGAGAGAGCUUGUGAUGGAGGCUCUGAGGCUGAACACGUUUGAUAAUUUGACCGCGGUUGUGGUGUGUUUUGUGACGGUGGACCGAGAGGAUGAGCCGGUGGUGCCGUUGGAGAAGAAACGGUGUUGUAGCCUGACGCCGGAGGCUUUCAGAAGCUUGAGGAAUCUGUUGGAUGGCUGAUUAGUUUGGUUUAGGUACCAUGGUGUUGUUGGUGAAAAUGAUGAUGACGAACAUUCUCUUUUCACGCUGCUUUUGUAUUUGAGUCGGAGAGAAUUUAAGCAGGCAGCUGAAAAGAGUCCUUAUUGAGAUAAUGUGUGUGUGUGUGUAUAUGAUAGUGUGCUUUUGUGUCUAAUGUGAUUAACAAUUUUGUGUACAAAGUGUUGAUUGGUGUGUGUAUAUUGAGAAAAAAUAACGAAAAACUUAAUUUAUACAAUUCUUGAUCUCAA